AUGAAGACGGCUAGCACGAUUCUGGCCGUGCUCGCGACGGCCGGGCAGCUCGCCACUGCGAUACCACUCGAUACCCAGGAUGUGGACUCUAUCAAAAGUGCUUCCGGCACUCUGGCAUAUGGCUUGAUGUCAUUCUACCAGAACAACAAGACCUCAACUCCACUCACAGAAAUCGGCACGCUGGAGGAACCGCUGUAUUGGUGGGAAGCUGGCGCUAUGUGGGGAGGAAUGGUCGACUACUGGGCGUACACUGGAGACACGAGCUAUGUCGACACCACGCAGCAGGGCUUGCUUGCUCAGAUUGGCCCGCACAACAACUACAUGCCACCAGCCUACUUCGCCAGUCUCGGGAAUGAUGACCAAGCCUUCUGGAUACUCGCAGCGCUUUCAGCAGCUGAGUACCAGUUCCCUCUUCCGGGCGGAAAUACUUCUACCACAUGGCUCGACCUGGCAGAAGCCGGCUUCAAUACUAUGGUCCCGCGCUGGAACAUGUCUGCUUGCAACGGUGGUUUAAGCUGGCAAAUCUUCCCGGAGAACCCCAACGGCAUGAGCUACAAGAACUCCAUCUCCAAUGGCGGCAUGUUCCAGAUCGCUGCACGCCUAGCGCACUACACCGGCAACCAAACCUAUCUCGACUGGGCUGACAAGAUCUGGGGCUGGAUGGAGGGCGUCAAGCUCAUCGACGACGAUUACAACGUCUGGGAUGGCACAGGCUCCGAGAAGAACUGCUCCGAAGUCAACCAGCAGGCCUGGUCGUACAAUCCAUCUAUGAUGCUUUACGGCUCUGCUAUCCUCUUCAACCAAACCACUUCCGCGAUCUGGCGAGAUCGAACAACUGGCCUACUUGAGGCGUGCGCCAACGCAUUCUUCUCGCCCUUCCCGAACGCCACGGACAUUGCUUUCGAACGCACGUGCGAGAAGAGAGGGACCUGCAACAACGACCAGUACUCGUUCAAAGCCUACCUCUCGCGCUGGCUGGCUAAGUCUGCGGUUAUGGCGCCUUUCAUCCAGGACUCGGUGUUCCAGCUGGUGAACUCGUCAGCUACCGCCGCUGUACAGACGUGCACCGGUGGCGAGAGUGGAGAGCUUUGCGGGCAAAAGUGGUAUAUCGGAGGGUUUGAUGGGAGUUCUGGUGUUGGCCAGCAGCUUAGUGUGUUGGAGACAGUGCAGGCUUUGUUGCUGCUCCAGGAUGAUGUGCAGCCUGCGGAGCCAGUUGUUGCGAGCAAGCCUCAGCGUGGUGGUGCGGGCAGGGCGGUGGAUGGCGGCGACGCAGAAGCGACCAAGGUCAGACAAGCACCUGCAUCGCCGUCUACGACGCAAGCGCCGCAGGAGGUUGUGACGGUGGUGAAGACGAAGACGGUUGUCACUACUGCUGAGUGCUAG